AUGACGUACUUACAGAUCUGUUUUAAAUUUUAACUCUGUCGCAUCGAACCACCUUAACCUUAAGAUAGUGUUUUUUUUUUUUUACACAGACUUUUGUGAUUUUGAAAGAUAUAAGUGUAAUAUGUUUCGUAAAACUUUGUCACUUCUAAGUUCCUUGAAAAGUAAACACGUUGCAAGUGCCGCGUAUUGCUCCGUAUUGAAUGACAGCUCGCGUGUGUGUUCCGAAGAGAUCAAGCAUGUCAAUACCGAGCAGACGAAAGUCGGAAAAACAAAGUCGAAAAAAGCGAGGAAGAAAAUAAAUAGCGUAAAUGAUAAAGAGACACUUGACAUAAUUGAAUAUAUUCAAAAAGUCAAUCCAGAUAUGGCCCAUAUGUGUUCGAAAGAAUUGACAGACAUAUGCAGAACGAAAGAUGCGCGUACAUUAUAUUUGAUUGAUAGAGAAACGGCUGUGAAUUACGUUUCUCUGAUUAAAAACGAUCUUCUGAAGAACACGUGUUUCGUUGCGGAAAUGAAUCCCGGUUUCGGCAUAUUAACGACAGAGUUGCUGAAAACAGGCGUACCUCUGAUUCAUCUGUACGAAACGAACAAGGAGUUAUAUCACCUGUUAGAUAUCAUACGCAAUAACUAUCCCAACAGAUUGGAUCUGAAACAUCUCAAUCUUGCUAAGAUAGUUCAAAUACUUUAUAUAGAUAAAAUAACAGGAGCAAACAAAAUGGAAGAGAUAUUGCAAGAUAUUGAAUAUAAGAAUUGGGAAGAUAAAAACUCCAUGCAGGUAAUAGGUACAAUAAAAUCUGAAAAGUUUUUCAAUCAACUCAUCAAAAGUCUACUCUAUCGAAAUUGCUUGAUGACUCACGGAAGACCGGUCUUUUACAUUGGAGUAUCUCCGUCCAUCUGGCAUAAAUACACUAGCAAUAACAAAAAUCUUAGAGCUUACACAGGUUCAAAAGUGUUAUUUCAAACAAUGUUUGAUUAUCAAAUCCUAGGAACAUUAAAUAGAAAAGCCUUUUUACCUUGGCCAAAGAAAAAGAAUUUACAGAAUAUAAGUUUACAGAUGAAGUUGGAUUAUGAGAACAUUUAUGUGAUAAAACUAGAGCCAAAAGUGGACCUCUACUCUCACUUGUCGCAAGAAGAUUGGAUAACGUUUAGUUACUUUGCAAAACACCAUUUGCAAAAACGCAGCAGCAGAGUAAUACCGGAAUUAGAAAAGUGGAUACCCGGAUGUGGAAUUAGAUUAAUAGCAAAAGAUUACACGAUAUUUACACAGUUCGGAGAAUUAACGCCGGUACAGAUUAUGGAACUUUUCAAAGAAUUCAAAUCAUGGCCAGAAUAUAAAGACAGUUAUUUCUUAACUUCUAUGCAAGACUCUUUAAGUGUGCAUAACGAACUGGAUUUCUUAGAAAUCAAUAAUUUAAAAGCUGAUUAAUAAUCUUGUAAUAGUUUUCGGAUAUGUAUAUGUAGGUAAAUAAAACUUUUAUAUUUUAUAUAAUUCUCGAAUAUUGCGGAGAAUAUAAAACAAAACAGAUAUUAAAUUAGAACGAUCCUCAUCAAUUUUCAGUGUCGGUAAUUUA